AUGGCACGGCUCCUCGGCGUGGGCGUAGGGGUUCCGGAACAAUUGCGGCCUCCUCGUCCGCCCCUGGAACCACUGGUGCCAGAAUCAAAAGCCGUCGCGAACGACCGCCCCAGUAGCAGCGGUAGGCGACAUGUGCACGUUCCGUCGGUGCCCGUUCAGUCUCCGGAGACGGAAUGCCAGGGCUUCGUUGCCACCAACCCAGCUGCCGAGCAGCCGCCUACCGCUCCGAGCAAGAUGAUUGCAGACCAUAUAGCGGCGCAGCCGACGGUAACACCGCCAUUAGAGAAAAAGAGCGGCGUCGCGAAUGACCACCCGAAAGCAGUCAAGUCCGCGCCCGAGCCUGUCCUCGCCACUCCUGUUCAGCCUCCCGAGCCUACCCAACCCGAUGUUCAGAAUCUGCCGUUUAUCGCCAUGUCGUACCAAGAACCUCCUAUCGCGUCCAACAAGAAGUUGCCCGAACAGGUCGGGCCGGCUGCCAGUGACCGAGUGUCCGAGGCGCAGCUUCAGCACAGCGGCCCCGGUCCGAUCAACGUGCCUGUAUCUGAACCGCAGCAGCCGUCUUCACGUAAGACAAUUCUGUGCAUGCUCAUGGUAGUAGACUUUCACGGACAGUGA